CGAAGAAGAAGAAGAAGCUGAUUCUAUCACAGUCGUGAUAUUUCUCCCCUUUUUCAGAGGACAACUUAAGACAGCUCUCUACAACACGUCAUUGACACUUAUGAGACACCAUGGACCAAGACUCGCGUGCUCGGUUUGUGGACCGCCACUGGCAUGAUCUUGUCCAGAGAGUAAACAAUGUGAUGGCGAUAGCACAUGAGCUGGAGUCCGCUGGCAUGCUGCAACCGGAGCCGUACUGUAAGAUCAGAGCAGAAAAAACUAACCAGGAGAAAAUGAGAGAGUUUUACAAAGUGUUGAACUCUAAAGGAAACGAGGUUAAAUCUGCCUUUUAUUCUAGCCUUGAAAAGCAUGAGCCACUUCUGCUUAGAGACUUAGGUGCUCGGUUUGUGGACCGCCACUGGGAUAAACUUGUCCAGAGAGUACAGAAUGUGAUGGCGAUAACGGAUGAGCUGGAGUCUGCUGGCAUGCUGCAACCGGAGCCGCACUGUAAGAUCAGAGCAGCAGAAACUAACCAGGAGAAAAUGAGAGAGUUAAAGGAAGUGUUGAACUCUGGAGGAGACGAGGUUAAAUCUGCCUUUUAUUGUAUCCUGGAAAAGCGCGAGCCAUCUCUGUUAAGAGACUUACAAAUCAGCUCAGUGAUUGACGAAUAUAAGAAGCGGAUCUGCAGCGAGUAUCAGUUUGUGACUGAGUAUAACUCACUGCCUGGUGAACAUGUGCUGUUGUCUGAGCGUUUCACACAACCUCUGAUCCUUCAGAAACAUAGAGAUCGAAUAGAGCGAGAAGAAGAGAUCCGCUCCAGUGGAGAGCGCUUCCAGCAGGUCCUCGGCUCCAGGAGCAGUGGAGGCUCUCUCCAUCUCAACUCUCUGUUUGACCCAGAUGAAGACGGGAUCAGUCCCCGUUCUGUGAUACUGCAGGGAAACUCUGGAUAUGGGAAAUCUUUCACUGUGCAGAAGAUCAUGAUGGACUGGGCAUCUGGUGACCUCUACAAAGAGCGGUUUGAUAUUGUGUUCCACUUAAAGUGUAAAGAAAUAAAUCGCAUUCCUGGCGAGAAGAGUUUGGUGGAGAUCUUGAGCUGCAGUUGUAGUUUAACAUCACAUGAGAUCUCACAGAUUUUACAGCAGUCGCCAGAGAAGGUGCUUGUGGUCAUUGAUGGAUUUGAUGAGCUGAAACUCCCACAGGACAUUAAUAAUGACACGUCAGCACACACUGAUCUGCUUCAGAAAGCCCGACCUGUGGACACUCUUUGUGCCCUGCUGAGGCGUCGAAUCCUGCUAAAGUCUUUCCUCCUGGUCUCCUCCAGAUCUACAGCUACGGACACACUCAGUAAACUGCUCAACGGACCUCAGCGUUUCUCUGAGAUUGUGGGAUUUUCAGAAAAGGGGGUGGAGGAGUACUUCCAGAAGUUUUUUCAAAAUGAGGAACGUUUCAGGGAGGCUUAUACAUAUGUGAAGGCAAAUGAAACCCUCAUCACUGCCUGCUCAAUCCCUGUCGUCUGCUGGAUCAUCUGCACAACUAUCCAGGAGCGAUUCAAAGAUGGAGCAGAUAAGACAAGUGGACUGGAAACCACCUCCAUCUACGUGGACUUUGUGUGCACUCUUCUGGAGCAUCACUGCCAGGGUUUGAGUCAGUCCGUCCCGACCCUGCUGAGGAGUCUGGGUCAGCUGGCAGAGAGAGGGAUGCGGGAACAGCAAGUCCUGCUGGAUGAGAAAAGUGUGAUUGAAACCAUCUCAGACCCGACUGGAAAUCCAUUCUUGUGCAAGUUCCUGUUUAAGAGACGAAUCCACCAGGAGACGAUGUUCAGUUUCAUGCAUCUCAGCUUUCAGGAGUUCUUCACUGCUCUGUACUAUGUCCUUCUGGAUGAAGAAAAGAAGAAGAAGAAGAAGAGAAGAAGAGAUGAAGAAGAGUCCCUGAGGAAACUUUUAAUGGACUCAAAACCACAUUUUGAAGAUGUGGUGAAAUUUGCAUUUGGUUUGUUGAAUAAGGAUGUGAGAUCCACACUUGAAGAACAUGGUCUGUUAAUUCGUCCAGAAAUACAAGAUCAUCUGAAAGAAUGGAUUCUGGAAAAGGUUAAAGAUGGUUUCUUGGAUCUGGGAGGAGAAUUUAUUCUUCACUGUCUCUAUGAACUUCAUGAAGAAGACUUUGUGAAAGAAGUAAUGGGAUCCUGGAAAAGGAUUGAUCUAGAUAAGUAUUUCCUCAGUAGAGCAGACGUCUGUGCCCUGCUGUACUGCUGUCAGUGCUGUCAGAGAAUUGAAGGCAUCUCUUUGUUUUUAACAUCGGAAGAUCUGUCUAUGAUUUUGCCUGAACUUCACAAGUUUAAAAAAGCAAACGUGUCUAUAAAAGAUCCAUCAGACUCUGAUCUCAUUGAACUGAUCAACGCUCUCACGAGAGGACAGACCCUGAGCUCACAGCGUGUUCAAGAAAAAAGAAAUCUCCAAUCACGUCAAGACAUCUCACUUCUGUCAAUCAACAAAGAGCCGUCCAGUAUCUGCAUAGAGUUUGAUCUGUUUGACCAUCCGGAUAUGGAAUCAUUCAGUCUCACCUUUCCACUCUCAUCAAUCAACAUCGACUGGACCAGACUUUAUCAGAUAAUUCACCAAAGGGAUUUCAAUGCAUUCCUGUCUGUUCUUCAUUCCUUCUCUAACCUGGAGAAGAUGGAAAUGAGGGUGGAUUCUCUAACUGAGGAGUUUUCUGUUCAGAUCCUCCAGAUGAGCCAGAAGUGCCCCAGUCUAACCGAACUCAAGGUAAAGGCUCGCUUAUUACAGAAGGAUGCAAUCGAGAUCUUGAAGAGCUCAAACACAAGACCAGGUUGUGUGAUGACAUUUAACGGUCGGACUAUCCGUGACGGUGACUGCGACCACAGAGUGGAGAUUCUUCUGAAUGACCAGGGCUUUUCCAUGACGCAAACGCCCUGGGUUGAUAUUAAUGUUACAGCUUUACGGCGCAGGUUGGAGAAAUUAAAAUCAGCAUCUUUACCUGGAGCUGUGGAUGGAAAUAAAGACACCAAACAACUCUAAACUCAUUUACAUGCAUUGUAAUCAUAAUAGUUUAAAUUUGUAUAUAGUGUGUCGAUUUGUUUCUAUCAUGUUUUUCCAGCAGCUUUACAGAGUUUUACGGUGUUGAUGUUUUGUCCAAAUGUAAUACUUUAGGGCAGAAUGAUUUUUUAGAGUGCAUGGUUUAUUUGCAUUUGAGAUGUGCUUCAUAUUGAUCAUGUGACACUGAUUGUAUAAAAUUAAACUGUAUAAAGUU